AUGGCAGCACUAGCAUCAGCCCUCCCUGCGCCGAUAUACACCCAAGCGGCCGAAGAGGAGACAUACGAUGCUCUCCUCCCCGCCGCUCUGCCCCAAGCGUCCAAUGCGCCCGCUUACGGCUCGCGGAAGGGCUGGAAGCCCAAGUCGGCUGUAGAUUUCGGACAGGGCGGUGCUUAUCCCGAGUGUCAUGUUGCUCAGUACCCCCUGGAUAUGGGGCGGAAGAAGGUGAAUAAAGGGACGACAUUGGCGUUGCAGGUGGAUCAAGAUGGGACGGUGCGGUAUGAUGCGAUCGCGCAGCAUGGUCGAGCUGUAGGGAGUAAAGUGCAGUCUAGCUUCAAAGACCUCGUACCCCUUCACAACCGGUCCGACGUCUCUGAGAAAGACCGCCUCAUGGAGCGCCCCGCCGAUGAGGAUCUCCAAGCCACCACCGACCGCACCCGUCUCGCCCUCGAGCGCAUCACCCACGGCAAGAUCAAAGCCGCCCAACCCAAACACGUUCCUAAAACCAACAAUGAAUCCUCCUUUAUCCGAUACACGCCCGCCAACCAGGGGGCGGACGAGGGAAAACAGCGCAUCAUCAAGAUGACCACGGUGCAGGAGGAUCCGCUGGAGCCGCCUCGGUUCAAACACAAGAAGAUCCCGCGGGCGCCGGACGAGCCGCCACCCCCUGUCCUGCAGAGUCCGCCGCGGGCGGCGACGGCGCAGGACCAAAAGGACUGGAUGAUCCCCCCGUGUAUCAGUAAUUGGAAGAAUAAUAAGGGGUACACGAUCCCGCUGGAUAAGCGGUUGGCGGCGGAUGGAAGGGGGUUGCAGGAUAUCCACAUCAAUGACAACUUUGCGAAAUUCUCGGAAGCGCUCUACAUUGCGGAUCGGCACGCUCGGGAGGAGGUUCGUGCUCGGUCGCAGAUGCAGCAGCUGCUCGCGCAAAAGGAAAAGGCGCAGAAGGAGGAGAAUCUUCGCCUGCUCGCUCAGCGCGCCAGGGAAGAACGGUCCGGCGUUACUCCGUCCAUUGCAGGCGGCUCUUCGGCUCCUCCUCGGGCUAUCGAAACCGGCACGGGACUUGGCGGGUACGCGUCCGAUUCGGACUCCUCGGACUCUGCGUCUGACGCGGAAGAGGAGGAGGAGGAUACCGAGGCGAUCAGGGAGCGAGAGCAGGUGCGGGCGGAGAAGCGGAAAGAGCGCGAGAAGCAGAUGCGUCUGAACAAUAUGGGGUCCGAGAUGCGGGCCAAGAUGAUUGCCAAGGAGGCGAAUCGGGACAUUUCGGAGAAGAUUGCUCUGGGUUUGGCCAAGCCCUCUGCGUCGAAAGAAACACUGCUCGAUUCCCGACUCUUCAACCGCGAAGCCAUGUCGACCGGUUUCGCCUCGGAGGACUCGUACAAUCUGUACGACAAGCCCCUAUUCCACGGCUCGUCAGCGGCGGCGGCGAUCUACAAGCCCAGGGGCAAUGACGGGGGCAAUGAUGAGUCGUUUGGAGGCGGGACGGAAGCCGGGGUGGUGGAGGAGCUCAAGAAGGAUCGGUUUGGGCUGGGGAACGCGACGAGGGGGUUCGAAGGUGCCGAUACGGCCGAACAGCGGGAUGGACCUGUGUUGUUUGAGAAGGAUCAAGUCAUUGCGCUGGAUGGGAGCGCGGAUCCGUUUGGGGUGGAACAGUUUAUGGAUGCUGCGAGGAGAGGGGGGAAGCGGACGGCGGCGGAUAGGGAGGAUGAGAGGAGGAAGAGGCAGAGGGAGGAGUAG